AUGAGCUCUGGCAGAGAGGUGAAGGACAGGGGCAGAGGGGGGAUGGACACAAGCAAACCCUUCACCCCAUUUACCAUUGAUGACAUUCUGAGCAAACCAUCAGUUACCAAGAGCCCAGCUGGCCUAAGGCCCCCCCUGGCACAUAGACUGGCAGGAUCCCGGUCAGGAGUGCUCCAAGAGUCAUCACCCCUUUGUGCCCUGGAGGAACUGGCCAGCAAAACUUUCCAGGGUCUUGAGGUCACUGUGCUGCAAGCGGCAGAAGGUCGAAAUCCACUCAACUCCUUUGGGCACCGUCCCAGCUCCAAGAAACGUCGCAAGUCUCGGACAGCUUUUACCAACCACCAGAUUUAUGAGCUUGAGAAACGUUUUUUGUACCAGAAGUACUUGUCUCCUGCAGACCGGGACCAUAUUGCCCAGCAGUUGGGUCUUAGCAAUGCUCAGGUCAUCACCUGGUUUCAGAACCGUCGAGCAAAACUCAAGAGAGACUUGGAGGAAAUGAAAGCUGAUGUGGAGUCCCUUAAAAAGUUACCACCUCAUGCCUUGGAAAAACUGGUGUCCAUGCCUGAAACCAGGCUUAGGGAGGAUGAGGAGGAAGCCAGGAGGAGAGGCUAUUCUCCCACCACACGGGGAGUCUUUGCCCAGUCACCUCGCUGCUCUUCUAUGGAACAUACAGCAGAUGAAUUCUCAGAGGAUGAGGAGAUUGACGUAGAUGACUAACCCAGAGGGUUAUGAAGUUAUAGACAGGCAUGAUGUGUUUCAUGUCUCUCCAGAUCUCAGAAGGUUGGGGUGCCAGUAAAAAAUAAAUACAUAAAUAAUAAAGAUAUUUAGAAAUGGGUCUACUAUAUGUACCAACAAAAAGAUUCAGAACUUGUCAUUUACUAUCAGUCCCUUCAGUUUGGGGACAAAAUAUGGUGGCACAGAGUAUCACCGCCAUUGAACUAGAGACACAUUUACAACCUUUAACCACAUAAACAUACAGCUGUCUGAGAUACAUGAGCUUAUGUAUUUAUAUGACUGACACAGAAGCCAAGGAAAUGCAUUAUUUGGUUUACAGUAAAUAAUGUGCAAGAGAUGUGUUGUCCUAUCUCUGUAUAGAUCUAGAAAGCUCUAAUAGACAACUGAGCUCUCAAGAUGAACGGAAUGUUAGCUCCAUGUGUUCCUUGUAUUACUGAGGUUUAAUCUACAAGAAGGGCCACAAGCGUCUCGUUUGGUUUGCAUAGAAUUUACAGCUCUAUAUUUUCUUUACAAAUCACUUUCCUCAGGAGUUGUUUCUACGUCACGUUCCUGCUCUGAGCUGUCUUUGCUGUUUUUUUCUUCAUAUACAAACGAAGUGUCUGGUCGGUUAAGAAAUGUAUAACACAUGUUUUCAUUGCACACUGACAGUGUAAACUAAAUUAUUAUUUGCUUUAAUUUGUUCCUCAUGAGCCAUUUUACCUGCUGCAGAGUAUUAAAUUGCUUAC